CCUCUCCUUCUCCCUUUUCAAUUUUCUGUUGUAGCUCUAUAUUUCUUUAGUAGUUUUGCGAUUAACGUUAACUCGUAAGUUUAUUUUGUAUUACUUUUUAUUGUUAUUUUUUAUUUUAUUUUUUUAUGAUAUUAACCGAACUACGUUUUUUGCAUAUGGCAUUCCAAAAGUUCACGCUUGGCUUACGGUGGAAUGGUUACACGGAAUAGACCGGAAAGGGGGUCACCUACGUCAGUGGCAAUUUUCAGAAGAUAAAGGUCGCUAUCAGACCGCUGCUUGAAGACCUCCAUCAAAUGUGCACUAACGUUACUUGCAUGAAUGGCACGAGAAGAGUUGAUCGUAUGGUGUACCGAUAUCCAAACAGAGAAAGUGGGUUAUUGUGGCAUGAGGAAUAUCUCAUAACCACUCAGGAUGAGGUAGAUGUCAUGCUCGAAUUCAUGAGUUCCAACAAUCUUUCCAAAGCCGAGAUGUUCGUUUACACCGAGCCGUUCGUAGGCGUUGGAGGUCAUUCUGGACACGGUCAAACAUCUGGUAUCCAUGGUGGAGGUGAAUUAUAUGGCGAUCAUCCCUACCAAAGUUACCAUGAUCCUCAUUCAUAUUUUCAGUACCAAGAGCAAGGUGAAGGUCAUCAUCAAUCUUUCCCGUCAUAUGAAGAAGAAGUUCAACCGGACCUCCCCAACCAACCUCAGUACAACUUCCACUCAGGCAGCGGUAGUUUUCACAACUACUAUUAUGGAGCUGAUGAAGGUGCCUUUCAUGAGAUGGAUCAUAUGGAGGAUGCCCUGCCAGCACCAGUUAGUGACCCCUCCGAUGAAGAAGGAGAGAACAACGUCAGUGCAGACAGCUCCGACCCUCUUGAAGGUGCUGAUGAUUCAGGACCAGAGUCAGACUCAGCUCAUGAUGGUAAGGUGGCUCCUGACCGUGUACCAGUCCCCUACUACAAUCACAUUCCAGACGACAAUUGGAUGGUCGACAGUGACAUGGAGCCGCCAGAGGUCCCAAUAUGGGGUCCACUCGCUGGGUUUAUGAAGGGCCAAUAAUUUGGGUCAUGAUACCCCAUUCGACCCACUUGAGCUGGAGUGACAAUAUCCUGCAUUUGUCGGUUCUCCCACAUCGUGAUGAAUUUUGCCAAGUUCGUGGGCCAAUCGCGAGUACCUUGCCGACCAUCUCGGGCAUGAAAGGCCCUUUGACUAUCGGGGACCUCCAACGGAAUGCACUGCUCCCGACCAAACUGGCGGAGGCAUCGAUCCGGCAAGUGCCACUCCACGGUCCCAAAACAAAUUAGAGGGACCCUCUUGCACCAUUGCCCGAUAUGACCGGGGAAUUGCUGGAGAUGCCAAUGAACGAUGUUCUCCGGGUAUGGAUCGAAGACGAUCUACAAGAAAGAUGUAACACCCCGAAUUUUGGGUUAAGGUUCGACCUUAAUACGUGAUCGGUUGGGUUGGCAGUUGCGUACUAAAAGUUGCCUCUCCUUCCCAAAGUUGCUCAAACCUCCUCCGAUACUCGUCCAACUUGUGUUGGGCAAGGUUGUCGCAUGUUGUGUGUCCGAGCCACCUUAUUAAUAAGACAAAAAUGAAACUACAAUAAGCUAAAACACAAGGGAAAAUGUGUUAUGAAAAACAUGAAGGGUAUGAGAAGUUUACCUUGUACCAUAAGCUUCACCUCUUAGGGGAUGAUCGAUUGGCCAAUCCCUGUCGGGACGUUGGACCGUUGCAAUCCAUGGCAUAUGCUCCCAAGCCCAAAAUUGGACGAUGAAUAUUGCGCCGCCGACCUCCCUCACAGCUUUUAGAGACGCAUUGCACAAGUUGUGGUAGAUAUUAGCUAGGCAAGCGGAUGCCCAGCUAUACUCUGCCAUCUCCUCCCAACUACCGAGGAUGAUCCUAAGUCAUCCAAAACUAAGGAGAUUGCUUGAUUUUUUGGAGAAGAACACUCCUCUGAUCAUGCCUAUGAGAUAGACACGAGCAUAUCUCUCCUUCUCAUCCUCCGGACUUUCCUCGGUUAGGGGAUGACUCUCGUAAUGGUCUCUAAAAUACUUCGUCAACCAAGUAAUUGAGACUUGGUGUUUCCUCAUUGGUGGCAUGCGAUCGGUCGCAUCAACGCACCCCUUCACUGGUACUUUCACUCCCAAAACACUGUGGAUGAAAUGAACCCAACCGGGCAUACCGUCACAAUCCACGGGGGGAUGAUCACUCACGCACACCGGUUUGCCGUCGAUGGGUAGAUGGGUUAGGAUGGCGACAUCCUUUAGCAUGAUGGUGGCCUCUCCUUCUCUAAAGUUGAAACAAUGGGUCUCCUUUCUCCAUCUCUCAACUAAUGCGGUGAUGAGUUGGCAAUCAACUAUGAUGCCGUUAAAAUGCCUAAUCAGGUCCAACCGUGCCCUUUUGAGAAAGGGCAAGAUAGCUAGGUGGAAUGGGAGCAUAUGGUCGUACCCUUGUAGCGGAGUAUUGUUUGUGCCUCCUAGCGAAAAUAAUAAUUUAAAGAGAUACAUACAUAUUAUCAUAAAACAAACAUCCUAAAUUAUUUAGCAUAAUAACAUUCUAAAUGAAUAAUAAUUUAAAGA